AUGUAUGGGAGAAAAACGAAAAAGGGCCGGCCGACGACGACCGGAAAACGCGCGGCCAGCCGCCCUUACAGGAAGCAGCACGGACGGCCGGCCAAAAAUGGCGGCCGCCUAAGGCGGGACCGCCCGCAAGCUAGCCGGCCGCGUGUGGCCGGCCCCUUUUCCAGGCCGUCUUUGGCUUGGCCGGCCCCCGCUGGGCCGACAUCCGUGGUCCUCGUCGUUGGUUGCUCACUCACCGGCGCUGUCAACCCUGCUCUCACCCACGACCCACCGGCGCUCUCAACCCCGCUCUCACCGUCGGGCGAUCUCGACCCAGCUCUCACCUUCCGGCGAUCUCUACCUCGCUCUCACUCUCUCACCCUCCGGGCUUUCUCGUCAUUCCACACCGGCUUCAUCAAUUUAGCCAUGAAGAGCCGUAUAAAAAGUAUUGCAGGAUCAAUGGCUAUUGCUGCCACGGUGAUUACAAAUAAAGAAUUACUUUGGGAUUCUCGAACAUCCAGAGAAUUUAAGUCAGCGGUAUUUUCUGAGCUAAACCGCAGAACCUUGCUUCUUGAAGGUAAUGAAGAAAAAAUUGACUACAUCUUCAAGAGCGUUAACCAUGACGGAGAAGCAAUUCUGGAGAUAAGGUCAACUCUCGAGGAAAUGAAGCGAAGGACGUGUCCGUUCCCUCAAAAGCUUGGUGUGCCUAUUCCGGAGGCCUCCAAUACCAGAGAGCCACCAUCUCAAGGCGAGCUUCUCAAGUUUGCAGUUGAAGCUGCACUGCACGAGAUUAUGAGGGACACUCCGGACUGUAAAGCUGGUGAUGGAUGGGCAUCUCAUGUGCUGAAAAAAUGUUAUCCACUUAAUGACAUAAAAGAGGCCGUCAAUCAAAUCAAAACCUCCAUAGGAGAAGUCAUGGGUGGAACCAUGUAUGACGUCUUCAUUGCGGCAGCGUAUGCUGAGAUUAAAGCUACCGACUCGGCCAUCACAGCAAUUGAAUGGUCUAGAGCAUUUGAAGAAGCUAUUGUUGCAGUGAGUAAGUCUGGUGGUGCCAAACAAGGAAUGUUGGAUGCUCUUAUUCCUGCAUCGUCUGUCCUUGUCCUUAAAGAGAAAUUGGCUGCUGGAGUUGAUCCUGUGGAGGCUUUUGUUCUUUCUGCUGAAGCGGCCGUGGCUGGUGCUGAGUCGACUAAGAAAAUGCAGGACUAA